AUGAGAAAUCGUGGAGAACUUGGGGAUGGAGCCUUUGGGAAAGUCUACAAGGCUCAGAACAAACAGACCGGGAUCCUGGCUGCAGCUAAAGUGAUCGACACCAAAACAGAAGAGGAGCUGGAGGACUACAUGGUGGAGAUCGACAUCCUCGCCUCCUGUGACCAUCAGUACAUAGUCAAACUGCUGGAUGCUUUCUAUUAUGAGAGCAAACUAUGGAUUCUCAUUGAGUUUUGUGCUGGAGGAGCAGUGGAUGCUGUGAUGUUGGAGCUGGAGCGGGCAUUGACAGAGCCUCAGAUCCGGGUUGUGUGUAAACAUACUCUGGAGGCGCUGGCUUACCUCCAUGAGAAUAAGAUUAUACACCGGGACCUAAAAGCUGGAAAUAUUCUCUUUACAUCAGAUGGAGAAGUCAAAUUGGCUGACUUUGGAGUGUCUGCAAAGAAUACAAAGACCCUUCAGAGAAGAGACUCUUUCAUUGGAACACCAUACUGGAUGGCACCCGAGGUGGUGAUGUGUGAGACGUCAAAGGACAGACCGUAUGACUACAAAGCAGACAUCUGGUCCCUGGGGGUGACUCUGAUCGAGCUGGCACAGAUCGAGCCGCCUAACCACGAGAUGAACCCAAUGAGAGUCCUGCUAAAAAUAGCAAAGUCUGAGCCCCCCACACUUGCAAUUCCAUCACGAUGGUCUCCUGAGUUCAGUGAUUUCCUGCGGAAAGCACUGGAUAAAAAUGUAGACAACAGGUGGAGUGCACUGCAGCUCUUACAGCAUCCAUUUGUUUCAAAUGUGAUGGAUAACAAACCAGUGCGAGAGCUGAUUGCUGAGGCUAAAGCCGAAGUGUUUGAGGAGUUUGAAGAGGGCAAAGAGGAAGAGGAAGAAGAAGAGCCAGAGUCCCAGCUGGUGGUGUCUGGACACAAACGUGCAUUAUCGGACACCAGCGUCGGCAGCUUGGAGGACGAGAGGCAGUAUCAGAACACAUCAACUCUCGAGUCAGUCACAGAGAAGGCUGAACCUGAAAGAAAGCCCAGUUCAGAGGAUCAAGUUAGUGAUAAGACCUCUGACAUGAUGGCGGAUGCCAGCAAACCCAACCAUGCUAAGGAUGAGAAGGUAAAGGAGGCCAGUCCAUCAGACACCAGCACUGAGGAAUCACGUUCUGGUGAGAAGGCUAUUUCAAAACACCAAGAAUCUCCCACACCUGUGACCACAGAAGUAGAAAUUUCUGGUCAGCCAAAUCCUCAAGUGUCAAAUGACACUGUCCUCCAAGAGAUCGUAACCGUCAGUGAGGAAACUGGGGAGGAAGAAAAGAAGGAAGUGAAGGUGGAAGAGCAACCAAAGGAGAAACAAGAAGAGUGUAAAGAAACACAGCAAGAAGCCAAAAUGCAAAACACCACAGAUGAUGAAGACAAACCUACCCUGCCUUCAGAUAUAGCUGAACCAGAGAACAAAUCUGAUGGGGUUACUGAAGAAGUGAUCACAAAACCAAUUGAGGUUGCAGAAAAAACUGAAGACAAAAUUGAGAAAGAGGAAGAAAUUAAUAAAAAGGAACCAACAGAAGAGUUAGAGGAGGCGCAAACUGAAAUUUCACCAGAUGUUUCUACAGAAGAGGUAAAGGAGGAUCUUCCUCCAGUGGCAACAGUGGACCAAGAAAAAGCUGGAGAUAAGGGUGAGAGUUCAGAACCCAAAGAAGAUCUUGCAGCCAAGGGGGUAGAUGUAGAAGAGGAAAACAUUGUGAAUGAAUUCCCUGUUGUUGUCAUCAAUGGUAUAAGAGAAGAUGAGGUCAGCGCAAUGGAGGAACCUCAAGAAGCCCAUGAAGACAGACCAGAGAUCCAGGAAGCAUCUACCAUGCCUGAGAGUGACCAGAAUGCAGAGGUUGCGAAAGCUGAUGUUGAAAAGGAAAAAGACUCUGAUUCAGGCAGCAGUUCUGCUGCAGAUACUAACAGCAUUGACAUUAAUCUGUCAAUCUCCAGCUUCCUCUCCAAAAGCAAAGAAGGAUCUCUUUCAGUACAGGAUAUCAAGCGCCAAAAGAAAACACUGAAAAAGACUCGCAAGUUUAUGGUCGACGGGGUGGAAGUCAGUGUCACAACAUCCAAAAUGGUCACCGACAAUGACACCAAGAGUGAGGAACUGAGAUUUUAUAGGCGUCAGGAGUUACGAGAACUGAGGUUGCUGCAAAAAGAGGAGAAAAGAGCUCAACAGCAGCUUACCGAUAAACUACAGCUGCAGAAAGAGCAGCUCUUCAGGCGCUUUGAGCAGGAAAUGACGGGGAAGAAGCGUCAGUAUGACCAAGAGGUGGAGAACCUAGAGAAACAGCAGAAACAGACCAUAGAGCGUUUGGAGCAGGACCACACCAACCGGCUAAGAGAUGAGGCCAAGAGGAUCAAAGCAGAGCAGGACAAGGAGCUCUCCAAGUUCCAGAACAUGCUGAAGAACCGCAAAAAAGAGGUCAAACAAGAGGUCGGAAUGUCCCCUAAACACUUGAGAAAAGAGCUCAUGAAACGCUUAAAGGAAGACCUAGCAGUCGUUCAACAUGAAGAGGCUGUGGCCCAGGUUAUGAUACAGUCUUUUCAGUUGUCCUCAUGUGCUCUGUUCAACGCUCAGAUGCAGGAUGAGCAAGAGUUUCUCCAGAAGCAGCAGCAGGAGCUGGAUGGAGCUCUGAAAAAGAUCAUUCAGCAGCACAAACUAGAGAUCGCCACUAUUGAGAGAGACUGUCUCAACCACAAGCAGCAGCUCAUGAGAGCUCGAGAGGCAGCCAUGUGGGAGCUGGAGGAGCGCCACCUGCAGGAGAAACACCAGUUGCUGAAGCAGCAGCUGAAGGAUCAAUACUUCAUGCAGAGACAUCAGCUCCUCAAAAGGCAUGACCAGGAGAAGGAGCAGAUGCAGGGCUAUAACCAGCGGCUGAUAGAGGAGAUGAAGAACAGGCAGGCACAGGAAAAAACUCGACUGCCCAAGAUCCAGCGCAGUGAAGCCAAGACCCGUAUGGCGAUGUUUAAAAAGAGCCUGCGGAUCACUGGAUCGGGAACACCAGAGCAGGACAGAGAGAAGAUCAAACAGUUUGCCACUCAGGAGGACAAGAGACAGAAGAAUGAGAGACUUCAUCAGCAUCAGAAGCAUGAGAACCAGAUGAGAGACCUGCAGCUGCAGUGUGACUCCAACAUCAGAGAACUACAACAGAUGCAGAAUGAGAAAUGCCACCUCCUGAUUGAGCAUGAGACUCAAAAGCUGAAGGAACUGGAUGAGGAGCACGGUCAGGAGCUGAAAGACUGGAGGGAGAAGCUUCGUCCAAGGAAGAAGGCUCUGGAGGAAGAGUUCACACGUAAAAUGCAGGAACAGGAAGUCUUCUUUAAGAUGAGCGGAGAGUCCGAAUGCCUCAACCCAACCGCCCAGAGCAGAGUCUCUAAAUUCUACCCCAUUCCCAGUGUGCACUCCUCCGGCUCUUAAUCUUCACUGAGCUUUAUCUAAAGUGAGGAGAGCUGUUCCAGUCAAGAGCCCAUUAGCCUUUUAAAGGUAUGAAAUCAGAAUAGAUGUCACGGGGUUGAUAUGAAAUUCCAGAAAACCUGAAAGUUGGAAUCGUACAGUGAUGAAGGACAAACCCCAUGCAUUACCUACACAUGCUUUUUUGCCACAUUGCAUCGAACGGAUUAACACUUUAGUUUUCUGUAUGUUGUCUUCUUGUCACGUUAAUUUUUGCUUGAGACAUUAGCACAAAUUAGCAGUGAAUACACUCAGGCAAUAUCAUCUUGUCUGUGGAAUACAUGCAUGAAAAAGCCUUAAUGAAGGUCACUGAUGCCCAUAACAAACAAAACAUCACAAAAAUUAAACCACUUAAAUGGUGAUAGGUCAUAUUUAACAGGACACGUGGACAGUAGUCACUGUUAAACUCAAUUCUCUAAAUGUUCAAAUGAAGCUUCAGUACUGUUUGGGCUUGUAGCAGCUGUUAUAUGUUGUAUUUCUUGAAUACUCUGGCCUAUUCUGUUUUUAAUGUCCACGUAAAGAUACUUUUAAAACAAACUACUCUUUUUAACCUUUUCUUUUACUAUUUGACUUAUGGUGAAAGAUAUUUGCAGACAAGGAAUGUAACCCGUAAGAUGACAUUGCACACUUUAAAGCAAAAACAUACGCAGUAGUGAUCUCUUUAGUGCAUUUUGAAGGAAACAAAUAUUUGUAUACAAUGAUGUCUCUCUCAUCUGGCAAGUCACUUUGUGGUCCAGAGGACCCAAGUUUAUUUUUUUAUAAACAAGUUAAUUUUACAUCUUUGAAGAAGAAUAAGGCAGUCUUUGCCUUCUUGAAUGUUUCAUAUAUGGUGUUAGAAAGUUAUUUAUAGAUUUAACUUUUUAUUGUUCGUUUUUAUUUUUCCUGUUUCAUCAAUAUAUAUACGGGCAGUAUGAACUUGCACAUGUUAGAUGGUUUAUCUGCAGUUUAGUGUCUUUUAAUUUUUUUUUAUUAAAGGGGACAAUGUGCCCUUCUUUGAUCGAUGUAGAGCAGUGUUUAGUCCAUUGCAGUCUGCAGAAGUGCUUCAGUGGGAAGAGAUGAAUGUUUCUCACUGUUGCAGAGGACUUUUCAUCUGAUUCAAGCUCUAUUUUUGAUAAAACGUUUUGUGCAAGAAAUUACACACCUGUAUCUUAUCCAUAAUAUGACAUGCUGUGCUCAUAUACUUUUUGCAUGCUGAAAGAAAUCCAAAAUGCUGUAAUUUAACAGAGGCAUGAACUUUUUGAAUAGACGAUGCAUUUUACAAAGGCUGGUUCUAAAAGUUAGUAUUUGCACAAAGAGUGCAUUAAACAUCAGGAUAGUUGUUUAGAGACAGAAAACUGCUGACCUUAAGUUCCUUCAGCAAUUUGAUGGAAUAUCUGAUGCAUAUUUUUGGUCAGUUUAAGUUUCUAAUUGCUUGUAUCCAUUGGUAUGCUGUAAUAAUGCUGUAAAUAAAACUCAUUGUAUUUUCUUUGA